AAGUGUUUGUAAUCAAAAGGUAAACGAAAAGUUUACCAAAAACAAUAUGCGAGGGCUGUCGUGAUUAGUAUGUAGUGAGUUGUAUCUAAGGAGUUGGUGAUGUUCAUUUAUCAAGGAAGUUGACAGUGUUCGUUUUUGUUAGAAGAGUUAGUUGUAUUACAGGAAUUUUGCAUUAUUUUCAUGUAUCGUAUAUAUGGCAGGAGUGAAAGAUGGUAAUAGCAACUCUGGGAGCUGGUUGGUGCCAGAAAAUAACACGGAAAGACAUUCAUCGUUCACAUCGGCCUUCCAGAAUCUUAAAAAGUCGGAAUUUUACAAGAAUAUUGAAGAGCAACUGCCUGAGUCAGCGGAUAAAGAUAUCGGAGUAAACACUUCAUCAGCAGCUGGACCUUCAACCACAAUAAGAAAUACCGUCACAAAAUCUAACGCACUCUUAGUCAAUCCGAGACAAAAAGGAAACCCACUGCUGAAGAGUAUUUAUAAUGUUCCAUGGGAGUUUUCGGAAAUUAUUCCUGACUAUGUCAUGGGCAGAACAACCUGUGCACUGUUUCUUAGUUUACGAUACCACACCUUGAAUCCAGAUUAUAUUCAUGAACGACUCAAACUCUUGGGUAGCCAGUAUGAAUUGAGAGUGCUACUUGUGCAGGUGGACACCUUGGAUCCACACCAUACCCUUAAGUACUUAACGCGCAUGUGCAUCCUUGCAGAUUUAACAUUAAUGCUUGCUUGGAGUCCAGAAGAAGCUGGACGCAUAAUUGAAACUUAUAAAAUGUUUGAACAUAAGCCACCCGACAUGAUAAUGGAGAAACAGGACCGUGACCCAUACCAGCAGAUUUCAAAUGCUCUCACAUCUGUCAGAUCAGUUAACCGGACAGAUGCUGCAACCUUACUGUCAACUUUUGGAUCAUUAGGGAAGAUAAUAAAAGCAUCACAAGAUUCUUUGACACUUUGCCCUGGGCUUGGCCCACAAAAAGCCUCAAGAUUGUAUAAGGUGCUACAUCAGCCAUUUCAGAAAGACAGGGUAAAAAAGCUGAAGAAAUAAGAUUCUCACUAAAGGCAGCUGUGUCAGGGUGUGUCCAUAUAAACUGUGAUAAUUGCAAAAACAUUGCUGCGUAGUAGUAACAAGUGCAGUGUUUGUGCCCGGAAAAUGCUUUUCAGGGACGAUGUCUAUAAAUAUGAGGACAAUGUGAAUGACUACGAAUCAGAUAAUUAUCAUCAAUAUGUUGCUGAACAUAAAUUCACGUAAAAAUUGUUGCUAAUCAUGUAACUGUUAUUAUUAAUUUGAAGCAAGUAAACAAUGUUAAUUUGUGUUCCAUACUACAGUUUACGUGAAUUUAGAUGACAAGGUUUUGGUGGGAAUAUUAAGAGCCAUCCUUAACCCUGUUUUACAUGCUGUAGCAAGGUACUUGCUGAAAUUAAUUUUAUAUUGUGCUGAAUCGGAGAUUAAUUUUGCAAAAAUCUUAGUUUGAAAAACUGAAACAAUUCAGACCUUUUAAAAAUAUAUUUUUGAGAGGUUUAUGUUUGUUAAUUCACCCAGCAAGUGAACAGUGGUAAGCAAAUGUUAGCCCAUGUUAUGUACAUUCAGUUUGCUAGUAAACAAUGUUAAGUACCCAUAUAAUAAUAUAAAAGGUUUCUGUUUGAAAUUUUGUUUUAACAGUUUCUUCUACUUCAAGGGUUAAGCAGAAUUAUGUGUUUAAUUGAUGAAAUUAACAGAUAUAGUUAUACAAACAAUACUUUUUACAAAACUGUUAAUUAUUUUGGAAUUAAUUAAGGACUAGCUAUGCUAACAUGUUUUCGAAUAGAGCCAAAUAAAUACUUAAAUAAU